AUGGACAGGUUCCUCCAGGACCCAGAGAGCGAGAAGCUCUUGAGCGAACACAACCGUGCCCUAGAAGCUGCCGAGGCCCUCAGGGGAACGCCCUUCAAACCAAAGUUGACACGGGAUGAACUCUUGAAGCAAUUCAAGUAUUGGCAGAAGACGGACAAGGAACAAUCACGCCGCCAAAGUAGCGGCAGCGCGGUGGAUGUCUCUUUUGCCAUUCCCAUCUACCCGCCGUGUCUCGCUCCGCUGGAAGGCCUGAAAAAGGUCAUGCUGAAAGAUUUGCGUCUUGAAACUCAUCAUAGCGGCUCUUACAUUCUAGUCAGAACAAUUUCCCAGGCUGAAAGCAUGGGUGCGGUGAUGGCCAUUGUGGAAGACGAAGAGAAAGAUCCAAUCUCGCUCCGAAUGCUGAACGAGAAGCUCCGCUGCCAGGAUGGCUGUGCUGACAAAGGGCAGAUCUUACUUGUGAAGGAGCCAUACCUGACUUCCAUGCCUGAUACUGAAUACGGGAUCAGAGUUGAUCAUGUUUCUGAUAUCAUGUUCAUCCCAUUGUUCGACGAGAUGGUCCCAGCAGCUUGGCGGAAACGGCUUCCAGAGCUUGAAACCUCUCAGUGGAUGGCCGGGGAUUGGCUAAGCAUGGGUAACGAGGACCUCAACCGAGGAAAAUUCUAUUCUGCCACUGAAUAUUACUCCAAAGGAUUGGAGUGUUCGCCGACAGAGGAAGAGAAGCAUUACCUCCUGUACUACCGGGGCCUGGCCUUCUUCCAGGUCGAUGAGUGGGAUGCAUCUCUGCGCGAUCUAGAUGCCGUUCCCGCAGGCCCAAAAUCUGACAAAGCCCUUAGGGGCAAAGCGCAAACCCUGUACCGCCUGAGAAGGUUCCGGGAAAGCUGCGAUCUAUUCACGAAACUCUGCAAGAAGAACCCCGAAGACGUCAGUGCCAGGAACGAUUUUCGUGAAGCUAUUGCACGCCUUGCCGAGCAAAAGAAGGGCAUAUACAAUUUCAGCAAGAUGCAGGAGAAAGCAUCGAAAACCCACCCGCCACUCUUGGACCAUGCGACAUGGAUUGGCCCAGUGACAGUCAGACAGACUGAGUCUCAGGGACGAGGCCUAUUCACAACGGAGGCAGUCAAAGUCGGCGAUUUGCUUCUCUGCGAGAAAGCCUUUGCAUACGCAACCGAGCAGCAUAAUAGGCCAAGGUGGAGCAGCACCCUCCAUGUCAACACGGAAACGCGGACGACCACCCGAGGAGGCCAACUCGCGCUCGCAUCGUCGGUCAUCGAAAAGCUGUGCAAAACCCCAUCAUUGGCAGCAGCAAUAACCGACCUCCACAGCAACGGAUUCAGACAGGUCUCAACAGGCCUCGUUGAUGGCAAGCCGGUGGUAGACACAUUCCAAGUCGCCCGCAUAAUCUCCCUCAACAGCUUCGGCAGCCCAACCUCUUCGAGAGGAGACCAUAUCCACGACGCGCGCGACGCAAGUGGGAGCCCCGGAAGGCUGCACAACUGCGGCACAUGGCCCUAUGCCUCAAUGAUCAACCACUCAUGCGUGAGCAACGCACACCGCGCCUUCAUUGGUGAUAUGAUGAUCAUCCGCGCAGCCGCCGAUAUCCCCGCAAACACCGAGGUGACAAUCUGGUACCUGCUCCCUGCCCCGGAAAACCAGCCCAUGGACUUCCGCCACUGGGGCUUCGAGUGCUCCUGCACCAUGUGCGUCGACAUCAAGGCGACUGUGCCCCAUGUUCUCGGGAUGCGGGUCAGACAACGCGCGCAGAUUGCCAUGGCGCUGGAAAAGAGUUCUGAGUACAGUUGCAGCCGUGCUGAGGUCCUUAUUGAUCGUCUAACCGAGACAUAUUCGCGCCCGUUGGAGCAGGUGCUGCGUCUUGGUUUGUGGGAACCGCUUACUCUGAUUGCUGGGGUUUAUGACAGCUUAAUGCAGCAGAAUGAAGCUAGGGAGGCUGUGGUUCAGGCUCUCGCGGCGGUUGGGUUUGUGAUUGAGGGAGGCGUGGAAGGGCCGCUUGUUGUGAAGAAAUGGGGACUGGCUAUGGAUAAUCUUGUUGUCGCGUGGAUUAUUCUUUGGAGGACCCUGCUUGGGGUUUCGCCUGAGAGUGCAAAGCAGGCGGAACGAUAUGCUCGCAUGGCUUACUUGAUUUGUGUUGGGGAGGAGGAAAGCUUUGAUGCAACCUAUGGAAUGAACUUCAAUGUGGCUCCUGAGCCUGCUGAGGAAGGCCAAGUGGAAGGAUGGGUAGUUUAG